AUGGGUGACAGGACCGAGUUGGUAGCUUCGUUAAAGGAAACUUUUGCUAAAACUUUUUCGAAACCGGCUGAAUAUGUGAUAAGAUGUCCUGGUCGGGUUAAUUUGAUAGGUAAGAGAGUUUUUGUAGUUUUGGUCAAAAAGUAAAUAGAAAACUUACGUUUGAGCUUGAAUAAGGAUGUCCAUCGUUGAUAAGCUUGUGAAUACAUAAAUUUAAAGGUUUUGUAGUAGCUAUUAGAGAACGAAAAUUUAAACUUAUAAGGUAAAGACUGUUCAUAUUACAUUAAAGGUGAACAUAUUGAUUAUAACGGCUAUGGCGUUCUUCCCAUGGCCAUUGAGCAGAGUAUUUUUGUUGUUGUGGCCAAAAACAAUGAUAAUAUCAUCAGAUUCCGAAAUUCGAUGGAGAAGUUUGUGUAAGUUUUUAUUUUUUGUAGUGAUAUCUAUUGUUUACCUGGUUGUGUGAGUAAAAUAACCUGUUAUUGCUGUAAACCGUUUUAAACUUUAUCAUAUUAGUCCAUACGAUUGGACGGUAGACCUAACCUGGCCAGGCACUAAGUUUCCCAAAUGGUACGAAUACUUUUUGUCUGGAUGGAAGGGCGCAGUAAACUGGUUACAGAGUAACAAUAAAGAACAUUCCAUCUCUGGAUUGGAUGUGUAUAUUCAUGGUGACAUUCCACCAGCUGCCGGAUUGAGUAGCUCUUCAGCCAUGGUUUGUGCUUCUGUUUUGACAACAUGGACAAGUUAUACGGACAAAAUAUUUGAAGGAUACACUAAAGUGAGGCUAAUUUGAUACGGAUGAUAAGAAAUGACUUUGCACAUUAUUAUAGGUUUUAGUUUUAUGAUAUAAUUUUUAAAAACGAUGAAAUUGUACUAAAGAGGUAACAAAGUAGUUUAUAGAGAGAUGUAGUAGAAGUUGCUACACGUUCCGAACGACUGGUCGGCUUAGAAGGUGGGGGUAUGGAUCAGGCUUCUGUAGUUCUUUCAGAAGAAGGAACGGCCCUUCACAUUGACUUUGAUCCAUUGGAGAUUCGGAAAGUGGAGCUGCCUUCUGAAGCCUUGUUUUGUGUUUUACAUUCUGGAGUGGAUUCCAACAAAGCAGCUACAUCGAACUACAAUGAAAGAGUUGUGGAGUGUCGUGUGGCUGCACAGGUCAGAUUGCUGAUAUGUUCUUAUGUUAAUUUUAAUAGCAAUAUGAUAUCUAACUUUGCUAAGACUUUGAAAUUAGGUGUACUAUAUUUUCAGCUGAUGACAUUGUCAUCGAAGCAGCCGAUUGAUGACUAUAAAACAAUCAGAAGAUUGAGGGAUUAUCAACAGCAUAGUAAUCUGAAUUUGGAGGAUUGUAGUAAAAAAUCUGAAGCUCAGCUCCAUCCAGGAAUAUAUCCGAAGGCGGAACUACUGAAACUUCUGAAGACUGACGAUGACGAUUUUAAAAAGAAUUCUUUGAAUCCAGCUACAGUUGACAGUAAUUAAAUAGACGAAAAUAAGUAUCUUUCAGUUGAUAAUAGGUUAUAAUUCACUUUUCAGAGCAAGAGUUUGAGCCCUUAAAGCGUGCCCUCCACGUAUUCUCAGAAGCUCAACGUGUCGAUGACUUUGAGAAGGCUUGUAUUGAAAAGAACCUAAAGGAAAUGGGAGAUCUUAUGAACCAAAGCCAAUUCAGUUGCAAAGAUCUAUACGAAUGUAGUUGUCCCGAGAUGGAUGCUUUGACAGACAAGUGUAGACAAAGUGGUUGUGUAGGAGCUCGAUUGACUGGAGCUGGCUGGGGAGGUUGUGCCGUGGCAUUGAUAGACAAGAAUGACAAGGAAAAGGUCGAAAAGAACAUAAACGUGCUGUUCUGGACAAAGCCUAGUGCAGGGAUCGAAGCUACCAAAGUCUAA